AUGACGACGACGACGACGUUUAGGACGUCUUCUUCAUCAGCAGCAACAGCAGCAGCAGCAGCGGGAACGACGACUUGUUCUCGUCGUCCCUCGAGAAGAUGCAGAAGAAACAGUUCGCCCCGCACGAGGAGAAGAUUAAUCUCUUUUUCUUCUGAAACGAAAGCGGCGUUAGCGGAUCAACAACCCUCGCAAUCAUCAUCAGCAGCAAAGAAAACUUCAUCACCGUUAUCGUACGAGUUAGUCCAAGGCGCUCUGGUGAAAUACACGGUGGAAGAGAAAAAAGGACCGCAUCCACCGACGUGCGUUUUCCUCCACGGCAUUCUCGGUUCUCGACGGAACUUGUUGUCUUUCGCGAAACGGAUGGCGGAAGAGAUGCCGAGUUGGCAAUUUUUAUUGGUGGAUUUACGAUGCCACGGACAAACGAACACGGAGAGCACGGAGAGUGGGGAGAGACGUUUCGGGGAGGAUAGCGUAGAAAGCGCGGCGAGAGAUGUUAUCGAGACGCUGCAGUCGCUAAAGUUUUACCCGCACAUGCUGGUCGGGCACUCGUUCGGAGGGAAGGUGGCCAUGUCUAUGGUCCAUCAGUUCUCGCAAGGCGAAAGGAAUAAGGUCUUGCCGAGGCCGGUUCAAGUGUGGGUGUUAGAUACGGUCCCGGGAGAUGCCUGGGCGAGGACAGGCGACCAUCCGAAAGAUACCAUUAAUUUUGUUCGAACUUUGGAUACGCCGUUCGCGUCGAGGAAACAUCUGGUGGAUUCCUUGACUGGAGCCGGGUUUACCAUCGAAGGCGCGCAGUGGAUGACGACGAAUUUAAAGCCCGCGAAAGAUGGGAACAAAGGCGAAUUAGAUUGGGUGUUUGAUUUAGACGGGAUUAAAGAUAUGUAUUCGAGUUACGAGGCGACGAAUUUAUGGCCGAUGCUCGAAACGCAACCGAAAGGUUUAGAGGUAGAUUUCGUUCGAGCGGAACGGUCCGCGUUCGUUUGGGCCGAGGAAGACGUGAACAGAUUAUUAAACACGGGAGCGAGAAUACACUUCUUGGAAAAUAGCAGUCACUGGGUCCACAUCGACAAUCCAAACUCGCUGUUGAACAUCAUGAAACCGAGCUUUGAGUCGUUCAAUCGAAGACGAUGA